AUGCAGGAUGUUGUUAGCAUGGUUGGGGCAAACAUUUUCCGAGCCCUUCAGACUAGGAACAAGGAUCCCCUUGCGUUCUCUGACCCAGAAGAUGAUGAGCCCUCUCUAGAGCGGGCCUGGCCACAUUUGCAGAUUGUGUACGAGUUCUUCCUGAGGUUCGUAGUUUCAAACGAUGUUGACCCGAAGAUCGCCAAACGAUUCGUGGACCAAAACUUCAUGCUCAAGCUGCUUGAGCUGUUUGAUUCCGAGGAUCCUCGUGAGCGAGACUACUUGAAGACAAUUCUGCACCGCAUCUACGGCAAAUUCAUGGCCCUUCGGUCUUUUAUCCGUCGUGCCAUCCAGCACGUCUUCUUCAAGGUCAUCUACGAGUCAGAGACUCACAAUGGCGUGGGCGAGCUGCUUGAAAUCCUAGGUAGCAUCAUCAAUGGCUUUGCUCUUCCUUUGAAGGAAGAGCACAAGGACUUCCUGAUCAAAGCGCUCAUCCCAUUGCACAAGGUGAAGUCCUUGGCCUCCUUCUAUCAGCAGCUGUCUUACUGCAUGGCCCAGUAUGUUGAAAAGGAUCCGCGUUUGGCAUACGACAUCAUCACAUCAAUGCUCCGCUACUGGCCAGUAUCGAUCACGUCAAAGCAAGUGCUGUUCCUCAAUGAGCUGGAGGAGACCUUAGAACUCACACAGCCGCCAGAGUUUCACCGAAUGCAGGACGUGCUCUUCCGGCGCUUGGCCCUUUGCAUCACCUGCCCACACUUCCAGGUCGCUGAGAGAACGCUGUUCUUUUGGAACACAGAUUAUAUCGUGAAGCUGAUCAAUGCCAAUCGUCAGGAGCUUUUUCCGAUCAUCAUUGGCGCCCUGUACAAGAACUCCAAGCAGCAUUGGAACAGUGCAGUGCACGGACUGACCUUCAAUGUGCUGAAGCUGUUGAUGGAGGCAGACCCUCAGCUCUUUGACGAGUGCUCCGCAAAGCACCGAGAGGAUGAAGAAGAGGAAGGGCGACGAGAGCAGGAGCGUGCGAGAAAGUGGCAGGUGUUGCAAGAGAUGCAUGACUCAAAGGUGAAGGUCGGAAAGGCAGCGUGA